AUUAAAUUUAAUGGCCACUCAACCUCUGCUCGAGACAUUGCCAAAAGACUUCCAUAAAAUGCCACCAAAUUACGAUUUCUCCCAUAAAGGUAAAAAAGAUUAAAUUAACAUUAUUAGGAGUUAAUUGGAAAGAUUAUGAGAAAGACUUUAUCUUGAGAACAGAUGCAGUCUGGGAAAAAGAUUAAUUAAAGGAUUGGUUUAGAUUGUAUACUAAGGUACAAUAGAAUUAAGAGAUAGUGUUUUUAUUUUGAUACAACAGCAAAUAAAUACUCUUUGAUGGAACCAGAUGAUGUCUAUACAAUAUUAUUUGAAGGAUGUAAGAACAUAAAAUGUUAAUUUUUAUAUAGGGGCACUUGAAGAUUGUUUAUUCCCAUUUAGAGGAACUACUCCAACAGGAAGAACAAAUUGUUUCCAAGUUGGAUUACCUCCUAAAUAAAAAGUAUAUGUGCCAUACCCAACUUAUUAAUCAUAAUAAGAUUACUUUACUUUAUGUGCUCUCAGAUUUUAGAAAUGGUUUGAUUGUGAUUAAGCAGAACAUUUUAAAAUGGAUAAAACAGAAGCAGAUUAUCUAAAAAGAGCUAAAGUUUAUCCAUGUUAUGCAAUGUUUUAUGAAGCAGCAUAUGCAUGCACUGUAUUCAUAUUAUUAUUUAUAAUAGGAUGAUAUGUUUGAUUUCCUAAUGGAAUUAGCUUAUACUAGAAGAUCAAAUAGAACAUUUGAAUAUAAUCACUUCUAACAUGAAAUGCGUAGACCACCAACAAUCUAUGACUCUCCUAAAAAUGCAGAAAGAGUUAAAAAGACAUAUUGAUCUAACAUUCAAUAAAUAAAAAUA